AUGAACAAAUUCAAGCCCGGAGAAUUGGUUUACGAACGCUCCGAGCAAAAGAUCGUUCCCUUGACGUUAUGCACUAAACCGAAAGACACGUCCGAAUUUAACCCGAACAAUUAUCCCGAAAAGCGACUUCGUCAGCUGCUUCACAGAUUGACGACAAAUACGGACACUGGAUUCAACCUUUUGGAAGACAUUUUUGAGUGCAUGGUUAUGAACGACAUCUUCCAAUCAAGGUUCAUACCGAAUUGGAUGACAGAGGAAGCACGCAUCAUGGAUAUUCUUGGCCUGAGGCGCAUCGGAGAACGCGAAGAAAAUAAAACUAUUCCAUAUCACGGAUAUCUGAGAACAGAACUCGCAGAGCACUUGGGAAAUCUUCGAUUGACAAAUCACAACAAUAGAUCCAGAAAGUCAGAGAUCGAUCCCUCUUCUAUUUUAUCUGAAGGAAGCCAGCGACGAACACGAUCCCAAACUUCACUCAUGAACAAAAAGAAAGAGCCGACCACCGAAAUCGCGAAAACGGUGAAGCAGCUCUUCGAAGAACCUUCAGUGAAGAAAAACUUCAAUAAAAUCUUUCAAACGAAACGCAGAAUCGACCCAAUCAGCCCAGAAGAGAUCGAGCAGUGGCAACAAAUUAUCAACAAAAAAGCGCGAAAACAGUUCAGCGAUCCUGGUUUUCUUGCGAAUCUUCAAGUUCCUACAUUGCGAAAGUCGGAAUUGCCCAGCAGCGAGGAAAUUUUAGACAUUCUUCCACUGGACUUGUCGAUCGGUCACUAG